AUGAAAAGUGUGAACCGUGUAUUGCUUUCUCUCUCCAAGCCAUUGUUUCAUCCCUGGGCAAGGGAGUCACAGGAGACUUCCCCACAGCUGACCGACCAGCAGAUUGCAGAGUUCAAAGAAGGCUUCUUGCUCUUUGACAAGGACGGGGAAGGGACCAUCACCACCGGUGAGCUGGGGAGCAUCAUGCUGUCACUGGGGCAGAACUCCACCAAGGCCAAGCUGCAAGACAUGAUCGGCGAGUUGGACCUCGAUGGCAGCGGCACAAUUGACUUCCCCGAAUUCCUGUCCAUGAUGGCGAGGAAGAUGAGGGACACAGACAGCGAGGAGGAGAUCCAGGAAGCCUUCCAUGUGUUUGAUGAGGACAGGAAUGGCUACAUCAGUGUGGCGGAGCUCCGGCAAAUCAUGACCAACCUCGGCGAGAAGCUGACGGAUGAGGAGGUGGACGAGUUGAUCAAGGAGGCCGAUGCAGAUCGCGACGGGCGAGUCAACUACGAGGCGUUUGUGAGGAUGAUGGCCUCAAUGUGA